AUGAUGACGAAUUUACAUUCAUCGUCAUCAUCAGUCUAUCUUUUUGGCAUAGACUUAACUAGUCAAAGUCGAUUGAUACAGUUCUUAAUCAUAUCAACAGCCGUAUUGAUUUUUCAUGUUACACAAGGGUACAUUCAAGAAUUAAUUUUACAAUUGAAACCUUUACGAACUUAUCCGAAUUAUUUUACACUUGUUCAAUUCAUAUGUUUUACGAUCCUCGCAUAUGCGGAAAGAUUUUUCUUUGGAAAAUCGAUCAAACGACGAAAAGCACCAAUACAAACUUAUGCAGUGAUUGCAUUGUUUACUAUUGGUACUAUGAGCUUGAGUAAUGCAGCCGUCAUGCGUCUGAACUAUCCGACACACAUGAUGUUCAAAAGUUGUAAAUUAAUACCAGUUAUGAUUGGCAGUAUGCUUAUUUUAGGAAAACGUUAUAACUUAUACGAUGUUCUGGCGUGCUUAUGCAUGACAAUCGGUCUGAUUUUCUUUACAUUAGCGGAUUCUCAAGUGCAACCUGAAUUUGAUCUAUUAGGUGUUUGGCUCGUAUGUUGUGCAUUAGUUGCUGAUGCUGUGAUUGGUAAUGUUCAGGAGAAAGCAUUGAAAGAAUAUAAACCUAGUAACUCCGAAAUGAUACUAUUUUCAUAUUCAAUUGGUGCUAUUUAUUUAUUAUUAUUUGAGUUAGUUUUCGGUUCAUUAAGAGAGGCAUUCUGGACUUGGUGGACUUAUCCCAUUAAAUCUUAUGUAUUCACUGCGCUCUUCUCAUUUGCGGGUUAUCUCGGUGUCAAUUGUGUACUUGAUCUAGUACGACAUUUUGGUGCAUUGAUAGCUGUGACUGUGACGACCUUUCGAAAAACAAUUACGAUUAUCCUCUCAUUUAUUGCUUUUACUAAACCAUUCACUUUUCAAUAUUUAUGGUCUGGUGCGAUUGUCGCUUUUGGAAUAUACUUGAAUGCCUAUGGUCAAAAUCAAAAGUCCGUUGAUACAUACACACGUUCGAUAUGGAAUCGUCUAUUAAGAUUUCGACGGAAAACUUCGACUUAUCAUUAUCCGCUCGAGUCAGUUUAA